UUGCUUUAGUUCAAUUCAUUACAAUCACCUGUGCGAGGAGGUUCUUCUUGAGGUGCUUCCUGCCAAGCGUUGGAAAGGUUUACUUUAACUACAUUGGAAAUAUCUUAACUGUCAACCGAUAUCAUGUCUUGGGGCGAAACUCUAAAUUAUUUAACUCUUGGAAAUCCCGUCAGCCAGGCUGUUAUUAAUUCAGCUUCUGCCGUCCUUAAGGGUUCCGGACUGAAGCCGAAGCAAGCUAUACAGGAUGUUGUUGUGGCUCCACCCAAACUAUUGAAUUUAUGGGAAAUUGCUGGUAACAAUUAUCACUUUGUGCGUUUAGCCGGUUUAAGUGGAGCAACUGCAGUCAUAAUGGGUGCUUAUGGAAAACAUUAUUUGGUGAAGAUUAUAGAUGCCAAAGAGCAAAUGGAAUCGAAGGCAGUCUUUGAAACAGCCAAUCGUUUUCACUUCCUGCAUUCGUUUGCCCUUUUGGCAAUGCCAUUGGCUCGUCGCCCUGUGUUGACUGGCUCUUUGAUGGCAGCUGGUACAAUCUUGUUCAGUGGACCCAUGUACUAUCGGGCUUUGACAGGUGACAGAACCUUUAUACAAGUGGCCACAUGUGGUGGCUUUUGUUUAAUUGCUGCCUGGUUAUCAUUGAUAUUUUAAACAAAUUGUAAAGUUAUUUUUUUAAUGAGCUAUUGUAUUCUUCUACGUAAAACUCUUAUGUGUGAGGGAGGGAGAAACCAAAAAAUGGAAUAUCUCAAUUAAUUACACAAAAUACACAAUAUAUCGUUAUGUUUAUAAGAAAACUAGUUGUUAAUUGUACUGAUGUAAUCGGAAACAGAAAAAAAAAAACAAACAUGCAACACUUUCGGUGUUAUUUUAAUGUAUAUUUUUUAAUGAAAUGUAAAAACUUUUUAUUUAUUUUGUAAUUUAAUUUCUUCUUGUUGUUCUACUUGUAUUCUAUUUAGUUGUAAAUCUUUUUUCAUUACUUCCAAGUUUUUUUAUGUAUUAUAUUAUUUAUGUUUGUGUAAUUUAAGCGUUUUCCUCCUCAUUUUAAUAUAA